AUGGAGCCCCUGGAAUCGGUGACGUUUGAAGAUGUAGCCAUCGACUUCACCCAGGAAGAGUGGAGCCUGCUGGACAUGUCUCAGAAAAACCUGUUCCGAAAUGUGAUGAUGGAAACUAUCACCCACCUGGUCUCUGUAGGCUAUCAGAUCAGCAAAUCAGAUGUGAUUUCCCAGCUGGAACAAGGAAAAGAGCUGUGGACUGAAGCAGCAGGGGAUCCUGCUGGAUGCACGGAUUUGAGAGAUGAAGUUCCUUCUAGAUAUUCCCCUCAACGUUCAUCAGUUCACUUAAGAAGGAAACGUAAUAUCAGCAAACGGUGUGGAAAGUCCCUUAGUCAAGGAUCAUUCCUUAAUGCACAGGGUCAUAUUCACAGUAGAGGCAAAUUGUGUGAAUGUCCUCUGUGUAGGAAAGUAUUUAGUAAUUGCUUUAGCCUCAGACGACACAAGAUGAUUCACACUGGAGAGAAACCAUACAAAUGUGGUCUCUGUGGAAGUGGCUUUUUUCAAAGUUCUGACCUUAGAAACCACAAUCGGGUCCACACUGGAGAGAAACCAUUUAAAUGUCAUGUGUGUGAGAAACUCUUUAGUCAAAGUUCCUACCUGAAACAACAUGAGAAAACUCACACAGGAGAGAAGCCCUACAAAUGUCAAAAGCACUAUGAAUGUCAUCAGUGUGGGAAAACAUUUAGCCAAAACUCUGGCCUUAGUCAGCACAAGAGAAUCCACACUGGAGAGAAACCUCACGUGUGUCUUGUGUGUGGGAAGGCCUUCAGUCAGAGUUCUGAAUUGACUCGGCACAAAAGGACCCACACAGGAGAGAAACCCUAUAAAUGUCAGCAGUCAAUAGCUCCCAACUCUAAAGCCCCUGAGUACCUAGAGGUCAUGAGCAGAGGAUAA